GGAAAUAUUCUAUUUUUAUUUAAAUUUGUAUGAAUCAUGUCUUUUAAGCAGUGUUUUAGUGCUUUUCAAGCAUCUACACGAGUAUCUAUUUUUACAGUUAAAAACAGUGCACGUAGAUUAUAUUCUACAAGUACAAAGUCAUCAUCAAGAGGGUUUCUAUAUGGCGGAGUUCUCAUAAGUGCAUCAUUAUUAGGAUGCGGAUAUUAUUACUAUAAUUAUAGAAUGGAUUCUUAUGGUUUUUUAAAAUAUAAAGAUAAGGUCCAAAAAGAUUAUCAUAAAGUAUAUCGCGAGAUUGCGGAAUUGAUGAAUUCUGAAGAAGUAGAAGAUUAUGAUGAUGGUUCACUUGGACCGAUUUUAGUUCGUCUUGGAUGGCAUUCGUCAGGAACUUAUAAUAAAGAAACUAAUGCAGGCGGAUCUAAUGGAGCAACAAUGAGAUUUGAACCGGAAUCUAAGCAUUCAGCAAAUGCAGGACUUGAUGUUGCACGAGAAGCAUUAGAAAAAAUAAAAAAAAAGAAUCCAUGGAUUAGUUAUAGUGAUUUAUGGACAUUAGCAGCAGUUUGUGCGAUUCAAGAAAUGUCUGGUCCGUCUAUUCCAUGGCGUCCUGGUCGUGUAGAUGCGGAUUCUACGCGUUGUCCUCCUGAUGGUUUAUUGCCAGAUGCAUCAAAAGAACAAAAUCAUUUAAGGGAUAUUUUUUAUCGUAUGGGAUUUAAUGAUCAGGAGAUUGUUGCUUUAAGUGGAGCACAUGCUUUAGGACAAUGCCAUACUGAUCGAUCUGGUUAUACUGGUCAUUGGACUUUUUCUCCUACUGUCUUUACAAAUGAAUAUUAUAAGAUGCUACUUAAUGAGAAAUGGAAUUGCAAAAAGUGGGAUGGGCCAAAACAAUUUGAAGAUAAAUCUAAAUCUUUGAUGAUGCUUCCUACUGAUAUUUCUCUUAUAAAGGAUAAAGAAUUUAAAAAGUAUGUUGAACUUUAUGCAAAAGAUGAGAAGAAAUUUUUUGAGGAUUUCUCAAAAGCCUUUAGUAAACUUUUAGAAUUAGGCGUUCCACAUUUUGAUCAAGAACCUAUUAUAUUUAAGCAUAUCGUUGAUUGAUUAUUUUCAUAUAUUUUUAAGUUUUUGAUAUUUAUAUAUUUUUU